AUGGAUGAGCUGCAGGAUGAUUACGAAGACGUGAUGGAGGAGAAUCUGGAGCAGGAGGAAUAUGAAGACCCAGGAGUCCUCGAGCCUCAGGUGGAGGAGCCAGCAACUCACGACACCGAGGCAACAGCCACAGACUACCACACCACAUCACCACGCCCUGGUACCCACGAGGUCUAUGUGGAGCUGCAGGAACUGGUGAUGGAUGAAAGGAACCAGGAGCUGAGAUGGAUGGAGGCGGUGCGCUGGGUGCGACUGGAGGAGAACCUGGGAGAGAACGGGGCCUGGGGCCGCCCGCACCUCUCUCACCUCACCUUCUGGAGCCUCCUGGAGCUGCACAGAGUCUUCACCAAGGGUACUGUUCUCCUGGACCUGCAAGAGACCUCCCUGGCUGGAGUGGCCAACCAACUGCUGGACAGGUUUAUCUAUGAGGAGCAGAUCCGGCCUCAGGACCGAGAGACGCUGCUCCGGGCCCUGCUGCUCAUACACAGCCAUGCUGGAGAGCUUGAGGUCCUAGGGGGCGUGAAGCCUGCAGUCCUGACGCGCUCUGGGGAUCCUUCACAGCCUCUGCUCCCCCAACACCCCUCACUGGAGACGCAGCUCUUCUGUGAGCAGGGAGACGGGGACGCAGAAGGGCGGGCACCAUCUGGAAUUCUGGAAAAGAUUCCCCCGGAUUCAGAGGCCACGCUGGUGCUAGUGGGCCGUGCCGCCUUCCUGGAGCGGCCCGUGCUGGGCUUUGUGCGGCUGCAGGAGGCGGCGGAGCUGGAGGCGGUGGAGCUGCCCGUGCCCGUGCGCUUCCUCUUUGUGUUGCUGGGACCCGAGGACCCCCACAUUGAUUACACCCAGCUCGGCCGGGCUGCUGCUACCCUCAUGUCGGAGAGGGUGUUCCGCGUCGAUGCCUACGUGGCUCAGAGCCGAGGGGAACUGGUGCGCUCCUUGGAGGGCUUCCUGGACUGCAGCCUCGUGCUGCCUCCCACAGACGCCCCCUCCGAGCAGGCCCUGCUCAGUCUAGUGCCCGUGCAGAGGGAGCUUCUUCGAAGGCGCUACCAGCUCAGCCCUGCCAAGCCAGACUCCAGCUUCUACAAGGGCCUAGACCUAAAUGGGGGCCUAGGGGGCCCCGAGGGCCCAGACGAUCCUCUGCAGCAGACAGGCCAGUUCUUCGGGGGCCUGGUGCGUGACAUCCGGCGCCGCUACCCCUAUUACCUGAGUGACAUCACAGAUGCGUUGAGCCCCCAGGUCCUGGCUGCCGUCAUCUUCAUCUACUUUGCUGCCCUGUCACCUGCCAUCACCUUCGGUGGCCUCCUGGGAGAAAAGACCCGAAACCAGAUGGGUGUGUCGGAGCUGCUGAUCUCCACUGCAGUGCAGGGCAUUCUCUUCGCCCUGCUGGGGGCUCAGCCCCUGCUCGUGGUCGGCUUCUCAGGACCACUGCUGGUGUUUGAGGAAGCCUUCUUCUCGUUCUGUGAGAUCAAUGGUCUGGAGUACAUCGUGGGCCGCGUGUGGAUCGGCUUCUGGCUCAUCCUGUUGGUGGUGUUAGUGGUGGCCUUCGAGGGCAGCUUCCUGGUCCGCUUCAUCUCCCGCUACACCCAGGAGAUCUUCUCCUUCCUCAUCUCCCUCAUCUUCAUCUAUGAGACCUUCUCCAAGCUGAUCAAGAUCUUCCAGGACCACCCACUACGGAAGAAUUAUGACUACAACGUGACGACAGAGCCCAAACCUCAGGGCCCCCUGCCCAACACAGCCCUCCUCUCCCUUGUGCUCAUGGCUGGUACCUUCUUAUUUGCCAUGAUGCUGCGCAAGUUCAAGAACAGCUCCUACUUCCCGGGCAAGCUACGUCGAGUCAUCGGGGACUUCGGGGUCCCCAUCUCCAUCCUGAUCAUGGUCCUGGUGGAUUUCUUCAUUGAAGAUACCUACACUCAGAAACUCUCAGUGCCUGAUGGCCUUCAGGUGUCCAACUCCUCAGCCCGGGGCUGGGUCAUCCACCCGCUGGGCUUGCGUUCCCACUUUCCCAUCUGGAUGAUGUUUGCCUCCGCCCUGCCUGCUCUGCUGGUCUUCAUCCUCAUAUUCCUGGAGUCUCAGAUCACCACGCUGAUUGUCAGCAAACCCGAGCGCAAGAUGGUCAAGGGCUCUGGAUUCCACCUGGACCUGCUGCUGGUAGUGGGCAUGGGCGGGGUGGCCGCCCUCUUUGGGAUGCCCUGGCUCAGUGCCACCACUGUGCGUUCCGUCACCCACGCCAAUGCCCUCACUGUCAUGGGCAAAGCCAGCACCCCAGGGGCUGCAGCCCAGAUCCAGGAGGUCAAAGAGCAGCGGAUCAGCGGGCUCCUGGUCUCUGUGCUUGUGGGCCUGUCCAUCCUCAUGGAACCCAUCCUGUCCCGCAUCCCGCUGGCUGUGCUCUUUGGCAUCUUCCUCUACAUGGGGGUCACUUCGCUCAGCGGCAUCCAGCUCUUUGACCGCAUCCUGCUUCUGCUCAAGCCACCCAAGUACCACCCGGAUGUGCCCUACGUCAAGCGGGUGAAGACCUGGCGCAUGCACUUGUUCACGGGCAUCCAGCUCAUCUGCCUGGUGGUGCUGUGGGUGGUGAAGUCCACGCCAGCCUCAUUGGCCCUGCCUUUCGUCCUCAUCCUCACCGUGCCCCUGCGGCGCGUCCUGCUGCCGCUCAUCUUCAGGAACCUGGAGCUUCAGUGUCUGGAUGCUGAUGAUGCCAAAGCAGCCUUUGAUGAGGAGGACGGUCAGGAUGAAUACGACGAAGUGCCCAUGCCUGUGUGAGGGGCAGUUCCAGGCCCUAGACCCUCCUCCGCCAUUCCAGUUCCCCACCUUCCCAGGAAAAGCAGAAGUUCAUGGGCACCUCAUGGAGUCCAGACUCCUCCUGGAGCAGCAGCUGAGGCCCCAGGGCUGUGGUGGGUGGAGAAGGAAGGGGUGUCCAGGAGACCCACCACAAAGGGCAGCCUGGCUUUUCUGGCUGGAGAUGGCUGAUGGAGCCCACAUUAGGUGUUUGCUCCACAGUCCCUCCUGUUGCCACACUUUCACUGGGGACCCCACGCCGGAAGACAGAUCUGAGCCCUACCUCUUCCCAGCACAGGCAGGGGUAGAAGCAAAGGUGGGAGGUGGGUGGGGGUGGUGCUUGCUGUGUGACCUUGGGCAAGUUCCUUGACCUUUGCGGCCUAUACUUCCUCUUCUGUAAAAUGGGUAUAUUGAUGAUAAUAUCCACAUUACAGGAUGGUCACUGAGGACCAAAGACACAUGUAAAACAGGGCUUUGUACAUUCCUCAGGGACUAUUCUACAGCAGUCAUCAUUUGUCUUUGAACCUGACCAAGGUCACAUGACUGGGGUUUGAACUGAGCCGGACAGCUGGGAUUUGAACCAGGCCUUCUGACUUCGAGGUCAGAGCUCUGUCCUGUGUCAGUCAUUCGUCCACCUUCCCUUCCCUACUCUGCUCCCAGCCCCUUCCUUGAGACCCUCUUCUCUGGGCCCAGAGAGAGCAUCCUGGUGAGGAUGAUCAGGGAUUGGGGCUGGGACUCAGGCCUCCUAAGUGUUUGGUUCCUCCCUCCAAGCACUCAUUAGUUCACUUAUUCAUUCAUUCCACAAGCAUUUACUGAGGGCCCUGGACCCACUGGACUCUGAGAGGACUGAGAUAAGCCCUGCCCUGGGGUGUGGGUGGGGGGCAAGGUACAGUUGAUUUUAGAUUUGGAUAGGGAGUGGGAGAAGGUGGGAAAGUAGGGGUGGGACAGGGAGGGGGUUUGUAAUUUAUUAAUUGUGUAUUUUCUAAGAGUUUUCAUCAUACUUUGGCUUCACACACACCUCCAGGCCCCUUGUUUGAGAUCCACUAUCCCCAACCCCAUCUAAACUGAAUCCUGGGGAGAA